CAAGCACAACAACCACAUCGCUCCCAGAGGGAAGGAGAACACAUCACAGCUACAGAUCGCCAUUUAGCUGUAGUGUGGCGAAUCCGAUCAGCGUUGUAGGAUGCCUCUUGGAGAGGAUGGAAAUGGAUGGAAAAAGAAGACAUCAGACAUCAAAGAACAUUAUGACUUCAAAGAAGUGCUGGGAACGGGAGCUUUCUCCGAGGUGGUUCUAGCCGAGGAGAAGAGGACCCAGAGGCUGGUGGCCAUCAAGUGCAUCCCCAAGAAAGCGUUGGAAGGCAAAGAGAACAACAUCGAAAAUGAGAUCGCAGUACUACACAGAAUCAAGCACCCCAACAUUGUUUCACUGGAGGACAUCUUUGAAAGUACAUCUCACCUAUACCUUGUCAUGCAGCUGGUAUCUGGAGGUGAGCUGUUCGACAGGAUCGUGGAGAAAGGUUUCUACACAGAGAGGGAUGCCAGCCAGCUCAUCCACCAGAUCUUAGAUGCAGUCAAAUAUCUCCACGACAUGGGGAUCGUCCACAGAGACUUGAAGCCAGAGAAUUUGCUGUAUUACAGCAUGGACGAAGACUCCAAGAUCAUGAUCAGUGACUUUGGACUGUCAAAAAUUGAGGGAGCAGGCAGUGUCAUGUCCACAGCCUGUGGUACUCCAGGUUAUGUGGCUCCUGAGGUGCUCGCUCAGAAGCCGUACAGCAAAGCAGUGGAUUGCUGGUCCAUAGGAGUUAUUUCAUAUAUCCUGUUAUGUGGAUAUCCUCCGUUUUACGAUGAAAAUGAUGCCAAGUUAUUUGAGCAGAUUCUGAAAGCAGAGUAUGAAUUUGACUCUCCGUACUGGGAUGACAUCUCAGAUUCAGCCAAAGACUUCAUCUGUCACCUGAUGGAAAAAGACCCUUUGAAGAGAUAUACAUGUGACCAGGCCCUCCAGCAUCCAUGGAUCUGUGGAGACACAGCUCUGGACAAGAAUAUCCAUGAAUCUGUCAGUGCUCAAAUCAAGAAGAACUUUGCCAAAAGUAAAUGGAAGCAAGCAUUUAAUGCCACAGCGGUGGUACGCCACAUGAGGAAGUUGCAGCUGGGCACUAGCCUCGAAGGACCCAGUCAAAUAACUCCUACCAGUCCCUGCCAUGGACAUCUGCUCCCAGAGGAAGAAGAGGAGGAGGAGGAGGAUGAUGAUUUGGGGAAUGGGGAGGAGGAGAGCCUGUCCCACUAUGAGGACGGCCGCCGCGGAAGCAAUGAGGGCAGCACAGAUCGGGACAGCCUGAGGAGCUGCACCUACUGCUGCAGGCCAGCCAGUCGUGUCUGAGCACAACCUCCCGUUGUCAUGGUGACAUUGUGUUGUCCCUGGAGCACCCAGAGCCCACCCGCCCAGUCUGGCCAGGAAUGCAGAGUAGUUAUCAGGCAGUGUCCACCAGAGUACAUCCACAGCGAGCAGCUCACUGUUACGGUGUGGAGAAACAUACUGUCCAAGUGUUUGUCCAAAGCCACAUCCUGACUCAAAUAUACACAAGUUUUAGCAUCGUUGCAGAACAAUAUGCAAGGCGACUCCAAAUGGACAGCGACUAUGAUUUAAAAAAAGAAAAAGGGCCUAUCUGCAUGAUUAUCCUGAAAUAAACCCCCUUAGCAGCCCUAACAUGUAGUCGUCCUUUGUGCAGCUGUUGCAGACAGUGGCCACUUGGCAGCGCGUACAUCACAACAAUUUCUCCUGGAUGUUACCUUCAGGAAUGAUCAAAGCCUCUGGAGUCUUAAUCAAAGACGAGACAGUGGCCUAAAGGCAGUCUCCUUCAUUAUUUUUGUUCUCACAUUAUCUGUCACAUCUACCUCUAAUCACAGUUACUUGUGUGUCUACAUCCAUCCGGCCCACACACUCUACAUUACUGGCAGCUUUCUCCAAAAAUCUGGCCAGACAGGGCACAAAGAAGAGGGGAACACUUUUUAAAGGGGAAACAGUGCUGAAAGCUACUCCUGCAUGUCUUUAUACUCUUUACCCAUCAAUGUGACUCAGUCACUGACCAAGUAGCUGUUUAGUUGAAUAGAGUUAAUCGCAAGGCGUCUACCGAUUCCACCUGCCCAUUUGUUCUGUUUGAUCACUCUUGUCUUUUUUCUCACAUUAAGUGUCAUUAUUAAGUGUUUCUGUAUUUACUCCUUUUGUUUAAAGCCUUUUUGGAAAGGAGAUACGUGAAAGUGGAGGGUACCUCUGGGGGUUAUGGACUCUAUAUUCUGGCUCAGACUGGGUUUGUGAAGAGUGGUUCUGACCUGGAGUGUCUGCAUGCUUCUGUCGGGGAAAACAUAGAAAUGUAUGAAUAUCAAAAGGAGACUUUUUUUUGUUUUGUUUUGUUUUAUGGCUGUUCUGUUACCAGAGGCUCAAACUGAGAUCCCUGUAAGUUUGUCAAACACAAGAAUCUGACCUUCCUCCCUGGACGAGGAGAGUUACUUUGAAGAUGCAAUUAUGCUGAGCAUCCACAAUGCAUGGGAAGAAAAUGAUCAUAUUCAUGUCACGCUCACCCUCCGUGUUCUGUUUCUGACAAUCCGCCGGCUGUCAGUCUCUCGGUCUGGCUCAGGCCCGUCUAACCCUGAGUCAGAGGGAUCUCAGUCUGGGCGCUCCGCCUGCUCUGUGCUGUGCACCUCUAGUGGAAGAAGUUUUGGUCUACUGUUUGCAUGACCUGGUUAAAUAUGUUUACAUGAAUGAUGAUCAAUUAGUAUAAACACACAUGAUUAUUAUUACUCUGUUGUAUUGAAAAAUGAUGUAAUACUGUAAUUUUGAGCUAUAUAAUGUGAAGUGAGUAACACCAGAAGUAAUGUCCUUGACAAAGUACAACACAGCACAGUGGACUUAUCAUUUGCAUUGACUCUGAUGGUCAAGUCUCUACCUGAGUGACAUUUCUCCUGUACUAUGAUUAUUUCCAUCUCAGAAUAUUCUUUCUGUCUUUUCUUUUUUUCCAUUGCUCAUGUAGAAUUUCUGAAACUAUUUAUUCCUGUCUGAUACCAAGAAAAAAAAAAACACAUAUCCCAAUUUUAAACAGGUGCCAGUCACAGUACAAAACAUGAGAGAAACAAAAUCAUUGUGCUGGAAACAUCUCCUGUCUGCCAGUGUGCAAGCUCUUCAUUUGUCCUCCUGAGUAAAAGGACUGCAGUACUAAAGCCAUACAAGUGGGAAUGUUUUACUGUAGACUCAGAUAUGUCAUCUUCUUUUAAAAAUGUGACUCAGAUGAAGGAUUCUGCAAGAGAUUUAACACAGAAAGGACAGAUGAAACAACUAAUAGCUAAAAGUACUUUAAUUCUGAUAUCAUACCAUACCAUUAUUAAUUUAAGGUAUGUCAUGACAUAAUACUGUAUUAUUAGUUAGCUGUAGAGAACCAGUCCGUAACAUUUUGUUGAAUUUGAUAGAAUUUUGUUGCCCACAUUAAACCAACUCCCUCGAUCUGUCAUUGAUACAUACAGGUCCAUAGUACAGUAACAGAGGGCAAUCACUCUGGAUUUACAUGACUGUAAUUGUGGAAAAUAUGCAAACUGUGUGUGAAGGGCUUCAUGUUAACUGUUAGCUAGCCAAUGUUGAUGACUUUGAUAAACUGGCUAUUAUUUGUUUGGUAAUGACCUUCUGUUGAACCUUACCUGGGAUUUGUUUCCACUUGGCUGUAUUUUGGGGUUUUCUUUUAAUUUGUUUUGUUUUUUUUUAAAGAAAAAAAAAGCUUAUUUUACCCAUUACAAACACAUCUAAAUGCAUAAAGAAACACGUGUAUAUUAUAUAUAUAAAUAUAAGUAUAUAUUGUAUAUCCUUUUUUGUAAAAGCUGUUUUGAGCUACAAAUGUAUGGAUGCAAUGCAUCAUGGGUUAUUGAAUAAGAUGUUAGAAAAUACAAUGAUUUGUACCCACAGAGAUAUGAUU